CCCCUCUCUCGUUCCCGCCCUCUCGUUCCUAGACGCGCUCUGCCCAGGCGCUGCUCUCUGCUCCCGCUCCAGCCUCGCUUUCCCGCAGUCGUCUCUCCCGCUCCCGCUCGCUUGUCCGCUCAUCGCCUCGACGCCCUUCGCGACUCUGACUCAUCGUGACGCCUCUGCCGCUCUCGCCUCGCCUGCUCCACCGCACAGCUCUGCACCGACACCCGGCGGCGGGACGCCCUGGCUCCGCAUCCUGCCGUCCUGAAAGAUCUGCAUCGCAAGCAUUCAUCGUCUCCUGGCCCCCGUGUCAUCUCACAUCAUGCUUCCGUCGCCACACCUUGCGCACUGCUCCUGGCCGCCAUGGGGCGCCGAGGACUGGACGCCAUGCUUCCGGCACGAAGUGCUUGAUGGCUUCCUGCCCCUCCUCGCCCUUGCCCUCUCCGCCGCGCUGCUCGUGACGCAUCAGCUGCGGUCGUCUCGGCGGAGCCAGCGCUCCGCCGGCGCCGUAGCCGGGCUCGAUCCUCAGGCCUCUUCCUUCACCGUUCGCUCUCGGGCUGCCUCUGUGCCACCGCCAGUGCGACGCUCGCUGCCAGUGCGUGCGCUGCAGACGCUCCUGCCUUGGAACUCGCAGCGCCUGCUCCCGCGGCGCGCGGCCCGCACGACAGCGCCGCCGCCCGCGUCGACUUUGACGCAGGCGCAGCUGCUCGUCUGGCGCACCGAGAACCAGGUCAUCGUCAACGAGGUGCACCGCACGCCCCUCAUCGCUGCCACGCCUGAGCAGGCUGCCAGUGACCGUCGCGCCGAGAUCGCCAAGCGCGCGGUGGAGUGCGCCGGCAGCAUCGUCAUGGUCGGCCUGCACGCGGCUGACGUGCACGACAAGGGCUGGGCAUGGACAGUGCUCUGGGCAUACAUCGCAAUCAUCUCGAUGGCUUCCCUCACCACGAAGCGCUCGCUCUUCCUGCACAAGGGACUUCUGAUCCUCGUCGCCUUUCUCGUGUCGCUGUCCGAGCUCCGGUCGGUUGUGCUCGCACGGCAGGCGUGGAGACUGGCGGCAGUACAGUGCGGACUGAGCCUCUUCUUGGCCCUGCCGACUCUUUUCGCACCGAUGCACACACGGCUGCCGCUGCGCCUGCGUGCGAUCCACGCGUCGAUGCGGCCGCGCGACAUCUUUGCCGAGGCCGGCACCGCUAUCCCGAGCCCGCGUCUCGAAGCGCACGACGCGGCCUUCGCCGUGCCAGACGAGUCUCUGGGCGAGGCAGUGCACGCUGCUCCUCAUCCCUCCAUCUCUCACAGCGCGGGCGGGCCGGAGUUCUCCAACGCCACGCCCGCGCUGGAGCCGGCAAACGUCGCCAGCAUUGGCACGAAGGUGCCGCUCAUCCCAUCGCCAGAGGUGCGCGCCAGUCUCUACUCCCGCGCCGCCUUCGGCUUCGUCACGCCGGCGAUUCGGCGGCAUUACCGCGAGCAAUUCACGCUGGCGACCGUGCCGGACCUGGCGCCUGCCGAUCAUGCCGCCUCCGUCGUGGCCGGCUUCCGUGCCGGCAGCUCGAAGGGUGUGGUGCACGAGGCCGAAGGCGUCGUCGAGGAGCUCGCGCCUGGCGAGGGAGCACUGCAUUGGCGUCUCAUUCGGCACUUCCUGCCCCUCAUCAUCAGUCAGCAGAUCUUCGCCGCCAUUGGCGCAUUCGCCGUCAUGACUCCGCCUAUCGGCCUGCGUCUGAUUCUUGGCUUCGUUGCGGACCGCGAUCGCAAGCGUGCCGAGGGCGAGGAGGGCGGCCUGAGCUACCACAUGGCUGUGCUCUAUGUGCUGGCAAUGGCUGUGGGCCAGCUCGUGGCGUCCGUGAUGCAGUCGCAGGCACUCUUUGUCGGCCGGCGCAUCUGCAUCCGUCUGCGCGCAAUCCUCAUCUUUGAGAUUGUCAACAAGUCGCUGCGGCGCAAGGACACGGGCUCCAGCUCGCGCAAGGCCGCCGGGCAGGAUGACGAUGACGCGCUGCCGAGCGGUGCCGACAAGAGCGACAAGCCGGCUGUGGACGGCGCCGGCGCUGCAGAGUCUCGCGCCUCCGACGGCGAGGUGACGAACCUCGUCUCCGUCGACGUCUUCAAGGUGUCGGAGAUCGGCGCGUACCUGCACUUUCUCUUCCCGCAGAGCCCCAUCGAGGUGGGCUUCGCCAUGUACCUGCUCGUGCGGCUGCUCGGCUCGAGUGCCGUAGCCGGCUUUGCCGUGCUGCUCUUCAGCGUGCCGCUGCAGACGCUGACCGCGAGCCUCUUCGUGCGUGUGCAAAAGGCGCUGCUCGAGGCGACGGACAAGCGCCUCAACCUGACGACCGAGGUGCUGAACUGCAUCAAGACCGUCAAGUUCUUCGCCUGGGAGCGCGCCUUCGAGCGGCGCCUCAACGAGACGCGCGACGCCGAGAUGCGCGUGCUGCGGCGGCGCGCCAUUGCCUGGAUCAUCAACGCAAUCUCCUUCUUCGGCACACCGAUGAUCGUCACGCUCGUCACGUUUGCGGUGCACACCAAGGUGCUGAACCGCCCGCUGCCCGCCGAGACGGCCUUUACCGCUCUGGCGCUGUUCAACGCGCUGCGCAACCCGCUCGACACGCUGCCAGAUAUGGUCGUCAACAUCCUCAGCUCGCUCGUGUCGCUGCGCCGCAUCGACGCGUUUCUGCGCGAAGAGGAGACGCACAAGUAUGAGCAGCUGCUGCGGCCCGAGGACGAGGACGAGGACAGCGAGCUCGAGAGCGAGAGCGAGGGCACGCAGGUCGAGAGCGUGCACGUCGGCUUCAAGGACGCGCGCUUCACGUACUCGGACGACAACGACGAGAUCGAGGCUGGCUCGGCCUUCACGCUUGAGCUCGACGUGCGAUUCCCGCCGGGCGAGCUGAGCAUUAUCUGCGGGCCCGUCGGCUCGGGCAAGACCACCACGCUGCUUGCGCUGCUCGGUGAGGCGCGCCAGCUCAGCGGGCGCACGUACUGUCCCUGCCCCGUGGCGCGUGCGCUCGUGGACGUCGACGUCCGCACCGGGCUCAGCGAGACAGUGGCGUACUGUCCGCAGUCGCCGUGGCUGAUCGGCGCCACCGUGCGCGAGAACAUCACGUUUGGCAGCAGCUUUGACGACGCGCGGUAUCGUGCGGUCAUUCGCGCGUGUGCCCUCGAGCCCGAUCUCAAGGUGCUGGAGUACAGCGACCAGACCGAAGUCGGCGAGCGCGGCACGGCACUCUCGGGCGGACAGAAGGCCCGCAUUGCGCUUGCGCGGGCACUCUACUCCCACGCGCGCUACCUCCUCAUUGACGAUGCGCUCAGCGCCGUCGACGCGCACACGGCCAAGCACCUCUACAAGAACUGUCUCAAGGGUCCUCUGAUGGCCGGCCGCACCGUGAUCCUCGUGACGCAUGCCGUCGCACUCUGCCUGCCCGGCGCCGCCUUCGUGGUGGCACUCAACGACGGCAGCGUGGUGGCGUCUGGCACGGCUGCCGAGGUGCGCGCCUCGGGCGUGCUGGACGACGACAUUGCGCCAGGCAAGGAGACAGCAGAAGAGCGGCACGAAGGCACGGAAGAAGAGCCCACGAUCGAGGUACUCGACGAGGGCGCCCGUGCAGUUGAGCAGGCCGAGAUGCUCAAGAAGCAGGAGAAGAAGGCGCAGCAUCUCAACGAGGAGACGUACGGCAAGGGCGCAGUCGGCUUUGCGCCGUACGGCCUGUACCUGCGUAGCUUUGCCGACUCGUGGUGGGGCCUGAUGCUGUUCUGGUCUGCCACGCUCGCCGUGUUCGUCGGAGUGCGCGCCGCAGACGUCGGUGGCGCCGCAUGGCUGCGCCGCUGGGCUAUGCUCUUUGCGCAGCAGAGCGGCGAGCGCGCGCAUCUCGACAUCGCAUCCGCGCCGCACGCAAGCGUCGGGCACUGGCAUGGUGGGGCCUCGCUCUCGACGCCGCUGCUCGUUGGGCCGCUGCAGACGUGGUUCAGCAGCGCACCCCAGGCGUCCGCUGCGCCUCCGCAGCUCAUCUUUGGCGUCGAUUCGGCUCCCGAGCUUCCGAGUGGCGAUCUGACGGCGUACUACCUCUCCGUCUACGCCGUGCUCAUCCUCGGCUUCAUCUUCUUCUCGAUGCUGCGCGACGGAAUCAGCGAGUUCGGCGCGCUGGCCGCCUCGCGCCGCCUAUACCGUCGCAUGAUGGGCUCCAUCCUGCUCGCGCCGCCGCUCUGGUUCGACCGCACGCCCGUCGGACGCAUCAUGAACCGUCUGAGCAAGGACAUCGAGACGAUCGACCAGGAGGUCGCGCCCACGCUCAUCUUCUUCGUCGACGUCAUGCUGCAGAGCGUCGUGAUCCUGCUUGUGGCAUGCUACGCGGUGCCGGCCUUCAUCGGCGCAUCGGUGCUUGUCAUCGCAGCGGCGUACCUCAUCGGCUCGCUGUACAUUGUCUCUUCGCGCGACCUCAAGCGUCUCGAGUCGGUCAGCCGCUCGCCCAUCUUCACAGCCGUGGGUGAGGUGCUCAACGGUGCCGUAGUCAUCCGCGCCUUCGGCGACGCGAGCCGCUUCACGCGGCACUGCCUGCGCCUCAUCGACAAGACGAACCGGCCCUUCUUCUUCCUGUGGUACUGCAACCGCUGGCUCUCGAUUCGCGUGGACUCGCUGGCCACGGUGGUGACUAUGGCGAUGGCUCUCUUCCUCGUGCUGAGCCCGCAAGUGGACGCUCCGCUCGCCGGCUUCACGCUCAGCUUCACGAUCCAGCUCGUCGAGGCGGUGCUGUGGGUGCUGCGCAUGUACACGGCCGCCGAGAUCCAGGCCAACAGCGUGGAGCGCAUCGACGAAUACCUCAAGAUCACGCCGGAGCGCCAGGGCGGCGUCGAGCCGCCAGCUGCGUGGCCGACGGACUCGGGCUCGAUCGUGGUGAACAACCUCUGCGUGCGCUACUCGCCUGAGCUCAGCCGCGUGCUCGACGGCGUCAGCUUCGAGGUCAAGGCAGGGCAGAAGAUCGGCAUCGUCGGCCGCACCGGCAGCGGCAAGAGCACGCUCGCGCUGGCCUUCUUCCGCUUCCUCGAGGCCGAGGAGGGCAGCAUCAGCAUCGACGGCAUCGACAUCAGCUCAGUGCCGCUGGCAACGCUGCGCGAUCGCCUCACGGUGAUCCCGCAGGACGCACAGCUCUUUUCUGGCACGGUGCGCUCGAACCUGGACCCCUUCGACCGCUGCGAGGACGGCGAGCUGUGGGCCGUGCUCGAGCGCUGCCAGCUCGUCUCCUCGUCGCAGUCACGCGCGGUGAGCCGAGCGCCGAGUCGCUCUGCCUCGCCCACGCCCGGCGACGACGACUCGCCUGCCUCGACGGUCAUCACCAGCCUGGACAUGGAGAUCAUGCAGGGCGGCAAGAAUCUGUCCGCCGGCCAGCGGCAGCUGCUUGCGCUGGCCCGAGGACUGCUCAAGCUGCGCCAGUCGCCCAUCCUGCUGCUCGACGAGAGCACGGCGAGCCUGGACGCUGCCGCCGACGCGGCGAUUCAGCGCACGAUUCGCGCCGAGGCGGCGGGCCGGCGCCUGACGAUCCUGGUGAUUGCACAUCGCCUCAAGACCAUCGUCGACCACGACCGUGUGCUUGUGCUCGACAAGGGCAAGGUGCUGCAGUUCGGCUCGCCUGCCGAGCUGAUCCGCACCGAGGGCGCCUUCAGAGAGCUGUGCGAGCGCAGCGGCGAGUACGACUUGCUCGAGGAGAUGGCGCUUAAGGCUGAGCGCAUGGCGCAGUGAGGUGCACCGGACAAUAGACUUCUCCAGCACUACCGAGUCGAGCUGUGAGCAGGCGCUCGUACAGAUGGAGGGUGAUUUGCACGCAUGCGUAGGAAGCAGGCCGGCGAGGCAGCAACGGAAGCGCUCGCCCUCAAGUCUGAGCGUUGCGGCGCCUCUGGCAUUGCGCUUCUAUGCUACCAUCAGCUCGGCGAGUCGGCACGACCGCCGACGGCGGAGCCAGCAGCAUGAGCUGGCGCCGGCGCCUGCUGCGCACAGUGGAAGCCGUGGCUCCGUCAUCGAUGCCUGCUAUAUCGUGUCUGGCCGUCGCUUCCGACGCUCGCGACACCUCUCACACGCACGAGCCCGAGCGCAGCCGUUGCAUUCGAUUGCGCUGCUGCGCAAGCCUGCAGCUGCCCUCAUGCACGGACCCAGCGGGCCUCCACCUCCAUGACGCUGA